GCCCAGUUAUCGCUGUAAAUGCUAGAUCGGAUCCGCUAGACGUGUCGACGUCAAAGGACGUGCUUCGUGGUCCGCUUUAUUAUGCCUCUGAUUGGCUACCCUGGUAUUCUUCCCUCAACCCUAACAAAUCCCCGCUCCUCAUGCCUAAACCUAACCACGUCGACCAGUCUAGCAGAUCCGAUUGAGCAUCUACCAGCUAUUGCCCGGUUUUGCAUGCUAGUCGUAAUGUGUGUACAGUUAAACAGCUGACAAUGCCUGUGGAGAGCCUGCCAGUCCGGGAUGUGUCCAUUCAUUUCCGUUUACUGCAACAGUAUCUGGUUCUUCUGAAGAAAUAUCCCAUCCUAACUAAGUCUGUAACGAGUGGCAUCCUCACAGCUUUAGGAAAUCUUCUGUCUCAGAUUUUGGAGGCAAGAAAAAAGACCAAGAAUGGAGCCCAAGUCAAUGAGAUUGACACAGCUGCGGCUGCACGCUACGCCAUUUAUGGGUUGUUUAUUACAGGACCGUUGAGCCAUUACUUUUACCAGCUGAUGGAAAUGUGGAUGCCCACCACAGACCCGCUCUGUGUAGUCAAACGUCUGCUACUGGAUCGGCUUGUUUUUGCCCCUGGAUUUCUGCUCAUUUUCUACCUUGUUAUGAACAUCCUGGAGGCUAAAGGGUGGACAGACUUUGAAAAGAAGAUGAGAGGAAGUUACUGGACUGCUUUAAAGAUGAAUUGGAAAGUGUGGACUCCCUUUCAGUUCAUCAAUAUCAACUUUGUGCCCGUUCAGUUCAGAGUGCUGUUUUCCAACAUGAUCGCCUUAUUUUGGUACGCCUACCUUGCAUCUGUGAGGAAAUGAGGCUUCCCUAGGUUUCCUCACUGAAAACGAAUCUGGAGUAAACUGUGGCUUUAACAUUUGGCUGUUUACUGUACUCCUGUUUCUAAUCUGGACAAUAAAUCCCCCAGUAGCCCUUGCGAUUAACUCCACCCAAACUUGUACCAUGAGUUUAAGCCAUUAUAACACGCUGCUAAUUUUGGAUACAUGACUGUGUUUGUAAUUACAGAACAUAAUAAAUGUUGCUCAUAAUAAAAUAAUUUUUUUUUACCUUGAAUUGUAUGAUUGAGGCGGUCUUAUUUAAAUACUGGAAUAUUGUAAAUUAUAAAGCUAGUGUGCCUUUGGGGUUAUUUGAGUGUGCUCUGUACAGGGUACAGAUCCACUCCUGAACUGAGGAAAUAGUAGCUACAGUAGCCUACAGAAAAUAGACA